GCUGGCCGGUAUGCUAAUGAGCUCGCUGCACCGCAUCGUCCCUGCCCUGGCGGUGACGUCACCCGCACAUCUCUCCGUCUGGCCGGAGACUCAGACAGAAGCAGCAGAGCAGCGGAGGAGGCCAGCCGGGGAGGGGCCCUUUGUCCGGGAGGAACGUUAGCACUGUGGCCGCUGCCGGCUCUGGAAUAAAUACGCUUUUUGUUUGUCGUCUUUCCGUACAAGAGCGUAGCCCAGGUCGGAUCGGAUCGGGACAUCCAGUUUUGAUCGGAAACACAAAGGGGGUGGAUGCUUUUUUUGUUGCUCCAUGCGCUGUUUUUCUUUCCCUCCUCAGCCGCACUGAUUUAUUUGCACUGACCAGUUGUCUUUAAGAAAAAAAAAACGGGUCCGGUGCCUCUCCCCUCCUCCUUCCCUCUCCUUCCACUCCUUCUUGCCCUCCUUUAUUUUGCCUUCUUACCGAUACCGCAACCCAGCGGAGCCGCAGAGAUGCCCAGCUCGCUGUUCGCUGACAGCAGCGUCCAGGGAGACGCACUGGACGACCAGCGAGCCCUGCAGAUCGCCUUGGACCAGCUGUCUCUGCUCGGCUUGGACAACGACGAGAACCCGCUGUACGACAACAACCAGGAGCCCCGGAAAAAGAGCGUCAACAUGACCGAAUGCGUCCCGGUCCCCAGCUCCGAGCAUGUGGCUGAGAUUGUGGGCAGACAAGGUUGCAAGAUCAAAGCAUUGCGAGCAAAGACCAACACCUACAUCAAGACUCCAGUUCGAGGCGAGGAGCCUGUUUUUGUGGUAACAGGCAGGAGGGAGGAUGUAGCUAUGGCCAGGAGGGAGAUCAUUUCUGCUGCGGAGCACUUCUCCAUGAUCCGAGCCUCCCGGAACAAAAACACCAGCCUGAAUGGGAGUGGCACCCCAGUUCCUGGACCACCUAACCUGCCUGGACAGACCACCAUCCAAGUUCGGGUGCCUUACCGUGUUGUGGGGCUGGUUGUAGGCCCCAAGGGCGCCACCAUAAAGCGCAUCCAGCAGCAGACCCACACCUACAUUGUGACACCAAGCCGAGACAAGGAGCCGGUGUUCGAGGUGACAGGGAUGCCAGAGAAUGUAGACCGAGCACGUGAAGAGAUCGAAGCCCACAUUGCCAUGAGGACAGGAGGUCUUAUUGAGCUCCAGGAUGAAAAUGACUUUCAUGCAAAUGGGACUGAUGUAGGUUUUGAUCUGCAUGGGCAUGCCACCCUGUGGUCCAAGCCCAGUGCGGGAAUGACACCCACCUCAGUGCGCAAACCCUUCUCCAACUACCGCAAUGACUCGUCGUCCUCCUUGGGCAGCGCAUCGACAGACUCUUACUUUGGUAACAACAGCUCGCGCAUGGCUGACUACAGCCCCCCCAGCCCUGCACUCAGUUAUACCACCACCAACAACAAUGGCAACAACAAUAACAACAAUAUCAAUGUCAACACCAAUGGCAACGGGUUUGUUUACGGAAGUGAGGUCAUCUCACCUGACUGCACUGAUAUGACUUUUGACUCCUCAUCAGGGUUUGACCCUACACCAGCCCCACCAGGCCUCCUUUGGUCACCAUAUGAUAGUCGCAUGACCCCCUCCUCCACCGGAGGCAGCUCCCCCACCUCCACCUCAGCCAUAUUCCCAACCAACACAUCCACUAAUGCCAAUGGGAUAGUUGCGAACCAGAGAAGAGUUAAUGGUUGUACCCCACAACCUAGGAUGUCGCCUCCACUUCACAGCCACAGCGGAGGGCCCAUUGAGCACCCAUUAGCCCGGAGGGUGCGCAGCGACCCAGGUGGAGGCUCUCUCAGUUUCCCUGGUUACUCGGGCUCUAUCACAUCCUUGCCAGGCCCUCACCUCCCUGGGGUUCCCUGCGACUCAUCAGCCUCGUCCACCUCCUCCUCUUCCUCCUCCUCCACCUCAUCUGGCACGAGCCGAAAAGGCAGCCGUGAUUGUUCCGUGUGCUUUGAGAGUGAAGUCAUUGCCGCCCUGGUUCCCUGUGGGCACAACCUCUUCUGUAUGGAAUGUGCCAAUCGUAUCUGUGAGAGGAGUGAGCCCAAAUGUCCUGUCUGCCACACCGGCGUCACUCAGGCUAUACGUAUAUUUUCAUAAGAAGUGUAAGUCUUUGACUGUCUCAGUGAGACUGGCUACAAUAGCAACAACAGACUCUUCAUACUGCUUUAAUGAGAUCAUCCAAUCAUCAAUUUGGAAAGUGUAUAUAGAUAUACAUAUGUAUGUAUGAGGCUGCAGUAUCCAGAAGGGACAGACACCUUUUUAGGCUCCGUCAUAGUUGUUAAUAAUAUACUGUAGCUUGGGGAAAUAUUUUUAACAUCUAAGUGCAUGUUUUAAAUAUUACAGUAUAGUAAUCAAUAGUUCUAGUUAUUUGUACCCUAUAUUUAUGAGGUGAAGAGACAAAGUGGGAUCAGGAUGGAGGUACGUGGGUCAAACUGUAGACUGUUAGCAGGAGGAGCCUUCCAGGUUUUCCGAUCGAAUGUUGUAAGAGUGGAGGCCAUGGCUGGAAAACAUGGAGGGCUUCCAGCCAAACGGGACAAUUGACUUACAAAGAUACUGCAGCUUUAGGUCAGAAACUGUAUGAGGGAGAGAAACAACAUAUCCUACAUAUAUAUGUAUAGAAUCAAUUUCCACAAGUUGAAAGUUUUAAAUGACGUUAAUACAGAUUGAAGUAUUUUAUUCUUUUUUGACUUGAAAAAUUAUAUUUCUUAUUGCAAAGAUGUUUACAGAUAUUUUAAUUUAAGUUCAGUGAACUUUUUGUAGCUGGGUUGAAAUAUUGUUUAUUUUUUAGUAUGGCCUUAUGGCAUUGAUCACUGUAUUAUUUUAAUAUCACACGACUGUGGGAGGAAAUCCAAGUCCACAAAAUGUGUAUUGUAUUUGACAGUAUUCUGUUGGGAUGGAGUUUUUAUAGGUUCAGCAAAAAAAAUGUCUUUCAAAUCUGCUUCAUCCAGCAUAUUUUUUAUUCAGUAAUAUAAAGCAUAUUUUAUUCUAUAUUAUUAUGAAACAUUGAAAUGUAUAAAACUUAGUAAGUUGAACACAAAGAAACUGUUUAUGCUUUCUAAAAUUUGUAUGAAUUAGAUUCCAGUGGGAAUUACAGGCCUCUGUUGCACCACUAUAGUUUUAGUAUUUCUAUUUUAAUACAUUUGUUUACCACUUGUUUAUGUAUAUGUAGGUGAAGUUACUUGAGCGUAAAUGUACUUUAUUGAGCAAAGUUUAAGAACAAAGUAUAUUUUAUUUUAUGAUAAAGGGCCUUUGACCUCAUGGUCAAACACUAAUAUUAUAUUUGCUGAGACAAGAUUUGAAAAUGUAUCAAGAGUUUUAUUUUUCUGACAUUUAAAAUUAUACAUGAUAAAAGUAAAACUUAAGUAAUGGUGCUACUUCAUGUUUUUUUUAAGUAUUUCUAUAUAAGUCCAAUAAAAAUGGUACAUUCAUGA